AACGGCGCGUCACUGGGAUCCAGACUAUCAAAACCUGCCCGCGGCCUGCCACCACCGCCUAGCGCAGCACUGAUUGUUGUCGAUCACAGCACCGUCGUCGCGACUCUUACUCCACCCACCCACCAUCUCACAAUGGCCACCACCGGCGAAGACAGCAAGAGCGCCUUCCCCCAGUCGAUGGCCAACGUCCGCCAGGGCUCGCGCCCGGGACGCUUCGCGCUCCCCAAGGAGGAGUCGUGCAUUGCGCCCGAGAACGUCUGGUCGAACAAGGACAUGGACCCGUCGCCGGCCGAGCACCGCACCUGGACGGCGUGGACCUUCUUCCUCUUCUGGCUCUCGGAGCUCUGGUACGCCGGCCAGUGGGCGACCGUCGCGUCGUUUGUCGAGCUCGGCCUCACGUGGUGGGAGUCAUGUCUUGCCGUGUUUGUCGGUGCGAUCCUCGUCGCGCUCGCGAUUACGGCCAACGGUAUCGUCGGUGCCACGAUCCACACGCCGUUCGCCGUCACGUCCCGCGCGACGUUCGGAUACUGGGGCAGCAAGUUUGUCGUCUUUUCGCGUUGCGUCGUCGCCCUCUUCUGGCUGUCGAUCAACUCGUGGUCGGGCGGCCAGCUCGUCAGCCUCAUGAUCGAGGCCAUCUGGCCCCAGUACGCGCGCCUGCACAACAGCGUGCCCGCGAGCCAGGGCGCCACGACGCGCGACUUUGUGUCCUUCCUCCUCUUCUGGAUCCUCCAGUUCCCCUUCAUCUUCAUCCACCCCAGCAAGCUCAAGUGGGUCUUCAACGUCAAGGCCAUCGUCGUGCCCAUUGUCGCGGUCGGAACCCUCAUCUGGGCGGUCAAGAAGGCUGGCCCCAACGCCAGUGCGGCCCUCUCGGCUCCCGGUAACCGUGUUGCCCCUGGCGUCCCCCGUUUCGUCGCCUUCAUGACCUCGGUGACGGCGGUGCAGGGCACUUGGGCCACGCUCUCGGUUAACAUUGGUGACUUUUCGCGAUACUGCAAGAGCCCCAACUCGAACUGGACCCAGGUCUGGGCCUUCCCCUUCUUCGCCACGCUCGUGUCCGUCUUCUCGGCCAUCUCGGCCACGUGCUGCUAUGCCGUCUACGGCGAGGUGCUCUACCAGCCCUACCUCAUCAUCGCCAAGUGGAACACCUCGCCCGGUGGCCGUGCCGCCAUGUUCCUUGGCGCGCUCGCUUGGGCCCUGUCCAACAUCACCACCAACAUCACUGCCAACUCGAUCUCGGCCGCCAACGACCUCUGCUCGCUCGCGCCCAAGUACAUCAACAUUCGCCGUGGCCAGUUCAUCGCUGUCACCGUCGGCGUCUGGGGCUUUGUGCCCUGGAAGGUGCUCGACUCGGCGUCUAACUUCCUCACCUUCAUGGCCUCGUACUCGAUCGUCCUCGCGCCGAUCGCCGCGCUCAUGGCCUUUGACUUCUUCGUCAUCAAGGGACGCAAGUACGACAUUUACGAGCUCUACCGUCCCGAUGGUAUUUACCGCUACUUUGGAGGCUGGAACUGGCGCACGUACAUUGCUCUUGCCGUUGCCAUUGCCCCCAACCUCCCCGGUAUGGUCGCGGCGAUCAACAACAAGGUCAACAUUGGCAACAUCAAGUACAUCUACAUGGUCAGCAACAUUGCCGGCGACGCCAUUGCGCUGUUCGUCUACUAUGUGCUGCACAAGAUCUGGCCUGCAAAGGAGGCCCUCAUCGACGUUGCUGUCCACGACGUCCUCCCUCUCGGAGAGGAGGAGAAGCGCGCCCGCGGUGACUCGUCGGAGCAGCACUCGAUCGAGGUUGACGCCGGUCUCGCUGCCGAGAAGGCAUAGACUAUACGGGCGCGGGGCUCAUAGGAACAUUUGGAAUGUAAUGAUAAAGAACACUGUGUCGUAGUUGAAUUGUGGCGGCCUGUGCGCUUGCCACACGUCGUGUGGAUAGCGUGUAUCCGUACGCGUAUCUGUAUAUGUAUCUUGUGUAUGAAUGUUAUGUGUG